AGGCGGCGCCGCCGAGCUGCUCAGAGCCCCGCUCCUGGACGGGCUGGACGCGCUCGCAGCGUCCCUGGACAAGCUGAGCAACGGCAUGGGGGAGCACCUGCAGAAGAACGUGCGGAAGCUGAGGGCGUCCAAGGCCGACGCCUCGGAGAGCAGCUACGGGGCGUGGCUGCUGAGCGAGGCGCCCGUGCACGAGGCGACGAAGUUCCGGGGCUACGUGGACGACUCGGCCUGGAUGGCGAACCUUUGGGCCUACCGCACGCUCGACUUCUUCGUUGAGCUCUUCGGGCUCGUCGCCCAGGGCCGCGACACGCGGGAGGCGACCGAUGCCGCGUACGCGCAGACCCUGAGCAAGCACCACAACAUGCUGGAGCGGAUGGCCUUCAGCGCGGGCGCCAGGCAGCUGCCGAACCGAGAGGAGUUCAUCAAAAGGCUGGCGGGCGCAGGGGCGGGCGCCGACGACGUGCAGAGGGACCUCGAGUCCUUCGUGGCCUCCGGGCGGGGCAUCGUGGCCUUCUGCGACGGCAUGAACAAGCGGCUGGAGGUGUGCCUCGCCGACGAGCGCAAGAAGUUCGAGCGCCGGUAGAUCUGAGCUUUUAGCCUCCCUCCUCGUUGUCCUCUCUUUCUUUCCUCCUCCUCCUCCUCUUCCUCCCUCCACCUGCUGCUGUCGAAGAACAAGGCAAAGUGCAUGCACAUACACUUUCAGACGUCUGCGCAGAGUUCUUGGGUCGGCGCUGGCUCCCCUUGUGCGGUUCGCCGGCGAGAACAGGGGGUCCUGAGGCCUCCUCUUUGAUCCUCCCUCCUGCUUCCCUCCUCUC